AUUUUUGUUCUUUUCUCUGUUUUUAGCUGCUUGCAGAUGCCAGUGAAGGGAGAAUGAAAAUAAUUCUUGGAGAUAUAAUGGAUCUUAGUUUGGGAAACGUCUUUCCUCGGGAUUUAGCGCAUGACUGGAAACUUUCUCCACCCCCUUUUUACAUCAUUGGCAAUCUACCAUUUAAUAUCUCAACGCCACUUAUAAUUAAGUGGCUGAAAGAUUGUUCUAAACAUACGGGGCCUUUUGUAUAUGGACGCACGAGACUCUCACUCACAUUUCAAAAGGAAGUUGCUCUACGAAUGAUUGCUCGACCCGGCUCAAGAAAUAGAUGCAGGUUGUCAGUUGUUUGCCAGUAUUUAUGCCAUGUUAAUCAUCUCUUCACAAUUCCAGGAAGAGCAUUUUUCCCCAAACCUGAUGUAGAUGUUGGAGUUGUUAAAUUCACACCCAGAAUAUUGCCACUUAUUAAUCAACCAUAUGAUCUUGUGAAAAAAGUAGUAACACACAUUUUUCUUCAUCGUCAAAAGUAUUGUUUGUAUGGAUUAAAGUUGUUAUUCCCUAAAGAGAGAUUAGAUUUGGUUAAUGAAAUUAUAACAAGUACUAGGAUUAAUCCAGAGAGAAGAUCUUUUCAACUAGAGAAUGAGGAAUUUGCUGCUAUAUGUGAUGUAUAUAGUCAUAUAUGUGAAGAAAAUGAAGAUCUGCGUGACUAUAAUUUUGUGGAAGACAAAAAGAGGAAACUAAGACUUCGAAUUAAUGAAACAGCUGUAGAAAAUGAAAGUGAGUCACUGUUAUAAUAAAAUGUUAUUAAAAUAAUAA